GGUGGAGGAUGGGAGGAGAAUGGAACUGUCCCAGCUCCUCAAUGAGAUCAGGGCAAAGUAUGAAACGCUCACCACCAGAAAUCAGAUAAAGACCAUCAUCUCAGCAAGGACCCAGGUAAUGACUUCAUACAGACAUACACCUUCCAGAGUAAGGAGACAAUCCCUGUCUAUACAAUUCCUCCCUCAGCCUCUAUGAGCUAGAAGAAGCUACAAUUAGAAGAAUGGACAAAGAUGCAGAAGCAUUAAAGGCGGCCAGAGCAGAACUCUGUGAAGCGAGACGGCAGUGGCACCACAUGCAGAUCGAAAUUGAAUCUCUCCACGCUGUGGAAAAGGGUUUGGAACGUUCAUUGCGUGCCACAGAGCAGCAGUACCACAUGCAACUACAAAAUUUAGAAGCUGAGAUUGAAUGCUUAGAGAAAGAGCUACUGGAAGUGAGAAGAGGUAUUGAGAAACAGCUUCAAGAGCAUGAAAUUCUCCUUAACACCAGGAUGAAACUGGAGGAGGAGAUAGCAACAUAUCGCAGUCUGCUUGAGCAAGAAGAGAACAGGUUUCGUUGCUCUAUACCUGACCAGAAGGAUGACAAAAAGCCUACCACUAGCAAGAUUGCCUUUACACUGCCUUCAAAUGGUGUAAAGAAGCAUGAAACUGAGAAGGUGGAACUGGUGACAAAACAAGCAAUCCUAGAUGGAAAUAUUAUGAAGGAAAGUGCUGAAGCUCAUGGCACUGUACAGACAGAAAAAGUGGAUGAAGUCAUUAAAGAAUGGGAAGGUUCUUUCUUUAAAGACAACCCUCGCUUAAGGAAAAAAUCAGUUUCAUUGCGCUUUGAUCUCCACCUAGCAGCAACGGAUGAAGGAUGUUUACACACUAAAAAGAAAACUCUUCCUGACAUUGAAGUCAGGCUGGUAAUGAGGAGAUCUUGCAGUAUUCCUUCUAUCAAACCUUAACCUACAGCAAAUUAACCCAAAGUUCAUCUCCAAUGGGCUCUGGAAAUAAACUGUAGAUGGACUUACACGGCCUGCUAUCUUGCUACAACUACAAAAUCUUACUAAGUACUUUGAUUAAUACAAUAAAAACAUACAAGUCUUUCAAAAGAAAGGGAGAAGAGCAAGGGAGUUAAGAUUCCAAGAAACCUAACUUCUACUAGUUUUAUACUCUGGGUGCAGCCCUUUAAUUUUCUCAUUAUUGUUGUUUUGUAGAAUUUCACCAAAUAUUACAAAAAUUAAACUAUAACUUUAUA